AGCCACUGCUCUAAGAACAAUACAUCAUGGAUAAAUACGAACUCAUUAAACAAAUUGGAGAAGGAUCUUUUGGCAAAAUAUUUUUGGCAAAAGGAAAAAUGGAUGAUGAGCCAUGUGUUAUCAAAGAGAUCAAUUUAACUAAGAUGCCUGUGAAAGAAAAAGAAGCCUCUGAGAAAGAAGUCAUCCUGCUGGCCCAGAUGAAGCAUGCAAAUAUUGUAACCUUCUAUGCUUCUUUGCAAGAAAAGAACAAGCUAUAUAUUGUGAUGGAAUACUGUGAUGGUGGAGAUUUAAUGAAGAGGAUAAAUAUGCAGCAUGGAGUGCUGUUUGAUGAGGACCAGAUUCUCAGUUGGUUUGUGCAGAUCUCCUUGGGCUUGAAGCAUAUUCAUGACAAGAAGAUUUUACACAGAGAUAUAAAAACACAGAACGUUUUUCUUAGCAAUAAUGGAAAGGUGGCAAAGCUUGGGGACUUCGGCAUAGCGAGACAGAUGAACAGUACUACAGAGUUUGCCCAUACCUGUGUAGGGACCCCCUAUUACCUUUCACCUGAGAUAUGUGAAAAUCGACCAUACAACAACAAAACAGAUAUUUGGUCUCUUGGCUGUGUGCUUUAUGAGCUGUGUGCACUAAAGCAUCCUUUUCAAGGCAAUAGUUUGCAUGAGCUGGUGCUGAAGAUUUGCAGAGGACGUUUUCAACCAGUGUCUCCUAACUAUUCCUACGACCUGAGGAUAUUGAUUUCCCAGCUGUUUAAAAUAUCUCCGAGAGAUCGACCAUCCAUCAAUUCUAUCCUAAGGAAGCCCUUCUUGCAGAAACUUGUUCUCAGGUAUCUGCCCCCUGAGGUGAAACUCAGUCACGCUGUGGUAUGUAGAAAAAGGCCUUCAGCAUCUCACUCUAGAGGCAAGCAGAUACAAGCAUAUAAACUUCAGAAAACAAGAGUCCAGGACCCACUUUCUCUGGAAUCUGGAAUAGUGAUGCCUUUCAAGAAACAGGAAUUAUUUCAAAGAAAUGAAUGGAAGCCUCCUUCAAGAGUACAACAGCCUAUUAUUCAGCCACAGACAUCCAGAUUUAAUAUGGCAGAAAGGCCAGGAAGCAUUAGAGUGCAUGGUCAUUAUGGUCAUUACUAUGAGAAGCUUGAGAGCUUGCAAAGGAAAGCUAAUGUGCAUUAUGACCUUUCUCAUAUCAGCCAAAGAGUUGAAGAUUACUAUGAACUAAAAGGACAAGUUGCUCCUCCACCACCCGACUGGACUGCAGAAUUUCUUCAAAGGCGGUUUGAAGCCCAGCAGUACAAGAUUAAAGUGGAAAAACAGAUGGGACUGCGACCAUCCUCUGCUGACCCAUAUCAUGACCAAAUACAGCAGCAGAAAACCAAGGAAGAGCAUCUCAAAAACCAUCAGCAAAACACGUCUAGAAAGAAUGAAAUGAAAGAACAGGAGUAUUUGAAACAAUUGCAGAAAAUUCGGGAAGAAUACCACAAUGAUAUAAAAGAAUUCAGAGUUAGAGCAGGAGUACUCCAGGAAAACCAGAAAAUACAAGAUAAAACCUAUCUUGUGAGGCAAGGGAAAGCUGAGCAACAGUCUGAAAACAAAGAUAUAUCUGGAACAGGAGAAAAGUCACUUCAGGAUAUGGAGGAAAACUUUAAGCAAAUCAAACUCCAGGAUAGGGAAGACCAAACAAUAUUAGAAAAGAGAUAUAACACAAAAGGAGGAGUAAAAUUUGAAAUUAAUUUAGAUGUAUGUUUUCCUGAGGAGGACAGCAUUCAAGAAGCAGAGGUAUUAGAUAAACUCAAUGAGACUUUAACUUUUGUGGAUGGUGCGAAUCUUAAGGAGAAAUUGGUGGAAGUUUAUGAAAAUCAUACAGACAGAGCUUUGGAAAAACUGUCUGACUACCCAAAAGAGUCCAUACAUGAUAUGAAGAAACCCAGAAAACAUUGGCAACCUGGAGCCCCUCAGACACUACUGAAUUUUUUAGCUGGUGCUGAUGUCACAUCUGCAUGUCCUACUAUGGCUGGAAAUGAACUUGCUCACCAUGUUAUUCUGCCUGAAGACAUCCCAGAAAACAGGAAGCAGUGGAAACAGACACCACCAGAGACACUCCUGAGCAUCUUAGCAAAAGCAGAGCUGUCUGAUGAUUCCUUUAUCUGUUUUGAGGAAGACAAAGAAGAAAACAAGGAAGAUGAUUCAGAAACAUACUCUGCUGUUGAUGUUGAUGAAGGUAGACUUGAGCCAAGAUCAGAUGGUGAAGACACAAAUUUUGAAGAUUCUGAAGAUGAACUCAGACACGAGCUGGAAGAAUCUCUGGAAAAAUUGUCAACUUCUCCAGCAGAAGAGUCUCACAUCUUUUCAAUAAAUAAAAGUCAAACAGAUGAAGAAAAGAUGAGUUUACCUCACAAACUUGGAGAAUCUGAUGAUGAUUUAGAAAAUAAUAAUGGGUAA